AUCAGAGAGCAAACGGGCCUGCAUAGCUAUUAACAUGGGGAGACUCGCCGAAAUGCAACGUAAGCUCCUUGAGCAAAUGAUGGGCCCAGAAACAAUGGGUUUACAAGACGCCAACCUCAAUUGGUGGGACGAGAAAGUAUGCAAAAAUUUUCUGUGUGGUACAUGCCCGCACUCCCUCUUCACAAACACCAAAAUGGAUCUCGGCCCUUGCCCUAAGUCGCACGCUGACAAGUAUAAGUUGCAGUACAAUGAAGAGAAGCAAGCAAAUUCGGGCAGCAAAAAAAUUGCAGAGAUACAACGUGAAUACGAAAACAACAUCUUCCAGUUUGUAGAUGAAUGCGACAGGCGGAUCAGGGCCGCUCAUCGAAGAUUGGAGAAAACGCCAGAAGAGAAUGCGAAGACGACAAAUUUGAUGCGGGAGAUCGGCGAAAUCGAACUUGCGAUCCAGGGAGGAACAGAAAGGAUUGAAAGUUUGGGGGAAGCAGGUGAAGUUGAGGAAUCCAUGAAAGAAUUGGCGGCAGUCGAGGCCCUCAAAGUUGAAAAGGCAGAAAAGGAGCGCGAGCUCCAAAACCUGACAGACACGUCCGGAGCUUCCGGGCACCAGAAAUUGCGAGUGUGCGAUGUUUGCGGUGCAUACUUGUCUGUUCUGGAUUCAGACCGUCGGCUUGCGGAUCACUUUGGUGGCAAGAUGCACCUUGGCUAUCAUGAAUUGCGAAAGAUGCUGGAAGAGUUUAGCAAGAGGAGGCUUGCCGCGCCAGUCACAGCUCGCAAUGCAUCUAUGAUGGCACCCCCUGAUGCACCUGUUGCACCCCGACCCUCUGAACGAGAUCACCGUCCGAGGGAGGACGGCCACCGAGAGCGGGAGCACAAUCACUCAAACCGGAAUGGUUAUGAUCGUGGACACUCAAGCAGUUAUCGAGAUGCCGGCCGACGAUCUGACCGAGAUCGCUCGAGGUCACCUCGAAGAAGGUACUGAAUUAAUAUUUUUCUGAGGCUACGUUUGUUGUGAGGCUGCCCUCAAUGCGUAGAUUGAACUUGAACGUAGUCGGU